CCCCGCCCCCUCCCUCUCUCCGCGCCGCCGCCGCGCGCUCGGGAGCUCAGGUAGCGGGCGCGCGGGUGACUCCUCGGGGGCGCGCGGCCGGACUGCCGUCCUCCCCCGCGCAACUCCCGCACCCGUCCGCUCCCGGAGCCUGGGGAGGGAGAGCGCGGGCGGGGGGAGCUGGAGCCGGGCGCCGCCGCCGCCGCCGCCGCCGCCGCCGCCGCCGCCGGCCGCCGCCGCCGCCGCCGCCGCCGCCGCCGCGGCUUCCGUCUCGCUCGCUCGCGCAGCGGCGAGCAGAGGUCGCGCACAGAUGCGGGUUAGACUGGCGGGGGGAGGAGGCGGAGGAGGGAAGGAAGCUGCAUGCAUGAGACCCACAGACUCUUGCAAGCCGGAUGCCCUCUGUGGAUGAAAGAUGUAUCAUGGAAUGAACCCGAGCAAUGGAGAUGGAUUUCUAGAGCAGCAGCAGCCUCAGUCCCCCCAGAGACUCUUGGCGGUGAUCCUGUGGUUUCAGCUGGCGCUGUGCUUCGGCCCUGCACAGCUCACGGGCGGGUUCGAUGACCUUCAGGUGUGUGCUGACCCAGGCGUCCCUGAGAAUGGCUUCAGGACGCCCAGCGGAGGGGUUUUCUUUGAAAGCUCCGUCACCCGAUUUCACUGCCAAGACGGAUUCAAGCUGAAGGGCUCUACAAAGAGACUGUGUAUGAAACAUCUGAACGGAACCCUAGGCUGGAUCCCAAGUGAUAAACCCGUCUGUGUGCAGGAAGAUUGCCGCAUCCCGCAAAUUGAAGAUGCCGAGAUUCAUAACAAGACAUACAGACAUGGAGAUAAAUUAAUCAUCACUUGUCACGAAGGAUUCAAGAUCCGGUACCCUGACCGGUACAACAUGGCUUCAUUAUGUCGUGAUGACGGAACGUGGGACCAUCUGCCCAUCUGUCAAGGCUGCCUGAGACCGCUCGCCUCUUCUAAUGGCUAUGUGAACAUCUCCGAGUUCCAGACCUCCUUCCCAGUGGGAACUGUGAUCUCCUAUCACUGCUUUCCUGGAUUCAAACUCGAGGGGUCGGAGUAUCUCGAGUGCUUACACAACCUUAUCUGGUCGUCAAGCCCACCCCGGUGCCUUGCUCUGGAAGCCCAAGUCUGUCCGCUACCUCCCAUGGUGAGUCAUGGAGAUUUCAUCUGCCACCCGCGGCCAUGUGAGCGCUACAAUCACGGAACCGUGGUGGAGUUUUACUGCGAUCCCGGCUACAGCCUCACCAGUGAUUACAAAUACAUCACCUGCCAGUACGGGGAGUGGUUUCCUUCCUAUCAAGUCUACUGCAUCAAGUCAGAGCAAACGUGGCCCAGCACCCACGAGACCCUCCUGACCACGUGGAAGAUCGUGGCGUUCACGGCGACCAGCGUGCUGCUACUGCUGUUGCUUGUCAUCCUGGCCAGGAUGUUCCAGACCAAGUUCAAGGCCCACUUUCCCCCCAGAGAUCCCUCUAAUGGAAGAAGAUCCAUAACUGGAAAAAGUCCCGAUGAUUCUGCUGCCCCUUUGGGGAUGGGCACCUUGUACUUUGGAGUGAGGCCUCUGGAGGACAGAGCUUGGGGGGGAUGGAGGAAGUUUUCUAAUUUAUCAACAUGGGGACAGUGACACAUCGGACAUCUCAGACUCAACAGUUGAGGCUGACACAAAGGGCAGUGGCAGUGCUUUUAAAUGCAACUUGAGGAUUUGCCGAGACCAGUGAGGAACCAAAAGGAUGGGGGGAGACCCUGUGUGGUCCUGGAUGAAGGUGUUAAGUGCAUCUUGUGCUGUGGAACAUGGGACGGACGGUUCCAUGCAUAUCCCACCAAAUCCCACAUCCCGCUGACUUAUGAGUACUACCCGCCUCCUCUGAAAGCACGCCACAUUAUGUAAACCGCUUCUAAAAUCUGCUUCAAACUGUCUCUGGACGCCAAAUUAGGAUGGAUCAGCCUCUGCAGGAAGUCUGUGUUGAGCUGCUGGAAGAGCAGCAGAGCGUCCCCUGCAGGCUCCCCAAGGAAGAUUCUGGGUUGUCCUUUGGACAGUCUUCCUCGGGCUGGACAGCUCUGCUCAAGGCAAGACUAAAGCGGGAUGUGGCGGUUCCACUGAGAAAGGAAAAGAAAGACUCAGACAGACUCGGCUUUCUGGAAGUUUCUUCAAAAAGUAGGGCUCCUGUCCUCCGUGCUGUCCUUUGGUGAAAUAUCAUCAGUAUUUGUAUUCAUGGUCUAGCACAUGGAUCCAUGGCAUUGGCUAAAUCUUGUGACUUUACACAUGGUCAGAGUGUGUUCAAAUAGCAUCUCAUGGUGCAGAAGUAACCAAGGUAAUGUUUUGUUUCGGCAUUUUUUUUUUUUUUUUGCGUACGCGGGCCUCUCAACUGUUGUGGCCUCUCCCGUUGCGGAGCACAGGCUC